AUGCAGAUUCUCACGGUUCUGCAGACAGCGUUGCUCGCCGCAGCUGUGGCCGCCAAAACUGUCAACACGAGUACUCUUUUCAAAGAUAACAUUGUAACAACAGCUCUCGGCCAGAUUCGAGGCGUCACACAGUAUUUUAAAAAACAACGCGUCACUGCCUUCCUCGGAGUUCGCUAUGCUUUUCCGCCGCUUAGAAAACGACGAUUUACCGAGCCGGUGAUAAUCCGUUCUUGGGCGGGUGUGUUGAAUGCUACAAGACUUGCUGAGGCUUGCUACCUUACCAAAGAUACAACAUUUCCGGGCUUUUAUGGAGCAGAGAUGUGGAAUCCAAAAAAUGGCAUAACCGAGGACUGCCUAAAAAUGAAUAUUUGGGUACCAGAGAAACAUAAUGGUAGCGUUAUGGUAUGGAUCUUCGGCGGUGGCUUCUUCAGUGGCUCACCAUCGUUGGAUCUUUACAAUGGGACAGCGUUGGCAGUCAUGAAACAAACCAUUAUUGUGAAUAUAAACUAUCGGCUGGGCGCUUUCGGAUUUCUUUACCUGGGUGAAAUGUCGUCUGCACCAGGAAAUAUGGGUUUACUAGACCAACAAGUUGCCUUGAGAUGGGUGCACGAAAAUAUAGCUUCAUUUGGUGGUGAUCCGUCAAAAGUUACUCUGUUCGGUGAAUCAGCCGGUUCCGCGUCAGUAACGGCUCAUCUAGCGGCGCCGUAUAGUUAUCCGUACUUCAGUCGAAUUAUUGGGAAUAGCGGAUCGAUAAUGAACAGUUGGGCCACGAAAACCCCCGAGGCGAUGUUCAACCUGUCUAUGAAACUCGCUGAGCGUGUAAAUUGUACCAAGAAAGGAUUCGAUGGGGAUGCUGUGCAUUUAUGUUUAACGUCUCUUCCAGCAAGUGUUAUUCAAAAGGCAGCCGAUGAAGUGACAUCCGAAACAAGCCUUCCGAUGACUUUUGGAUUCGUACCCAUCAGUGCCGAUCGAAAUUUCUUCAAGGGAAAUGUAUUCGACCGUUUACGAAAUGGAAAUAUCAAGAAAAAUGUGGACGUCAUACUCGGCACCGUAAAAGACGAAGGGACCUAUUGGUUACCGUACUAUUUGAGUGAAUAUGGGUUCUCGUUCAAUCACACACUCCCACCCAAUGGUCGAAGGAACAAAGCGAUGAUAACGAGGACGCAAUACCGGAAGUCGAUCCAAACAUUCAUGCCUUAUUUUGGGGAAUCACCACUUGUUGAGAAUGCACUUUUAUACACAUAUGAGAACGUGUCGAACCGAGCAGAUAUGGAGCUGAACUUACGUGAUGGUGUGGGACGAUUCAUCGGCGACUACUUCUUCACCUGCGAUGUCAUCGAUUUCGCUGAUGUAAUCUCAGGCAUCAUUGAAGGACCUGUGUACAUGUAUUAUCUAACUAUGAGAUCGUCAGCGAAUCCAUGGCCAAAAUGGAUGGGAGUAAUGCACGGGUAUGAAAUAGAAUACGAGUUCGGACAACCAAUUUUAAGGCCCGAGCUUUAUGAUCAGAAUCGCCUGAAGACCGAACGAAGUUUCUCAAAAUAUGUCAUGCGGUUAUGGAUGAAUUUCGCCAAUACCGGCAAUCCCGAGAAACGAUGGCCGAAGUACAAUGUAAAAGGACGGAAAACACUUGUGCUUGGCGAAAAAUCCACGAAUGCCACACCAAAGAUCAUUUUCGAUGUUGAUGGACCAAACUGUAGACUUCUCGAAGAGGCAAAAUCUUAUGCUGGUAACGGAUUUACUUUGAAGAAGUACAUCGAAGGCGGCAAAGUGAAGAAAUAA